CUCCCAACUCCUCCACCGGCCGGGCUCUCUCGGCAAGCUCUAUUUAUCGGCUUCCCUCCCAACUCCUCCACGCUGAUCUCUCCCACUGGCAAAUCCUGACGUCGCCAAUGGAGGAAGCGCCGGAGCUGAUCAGCCCGAGGAUCUCCUUCUCCCACGACCUUGCCAACUUCGCAGCACCGCCGCGGCGGUCCGACGCGUCUCUGCUCGUGUCGUCGUCGUCGUCGUCGCGCCUCCCCGAGCCGGAGUUCGACUUCGCCAACGCCAAUGCGGCCGCCGACGACGUCGCCCCGGCCGACCGCCUCUUCGCCGGCGGCAAGCUGCUGCCAAUGCCGCCGUUGCCGCCCGCUCCCAGACCACCCAACCCGUUCAAGCAGGAGCCGAGCGGCGGCGGCGGUGUCAAGGCGGCGCAGGCGUGCCCGCAGAAGCGGCCGGGUUCGUGGGCAUCCCCGUUCUCACGCAGCAGCAGCGUGAACUCGGCCACGACGGCGGCGGGAGCGCCGCGGUCGGCGGGGAGGUUCGGCUGCCCGCCGUUCCCGCUGAUGCGCAGCUGGUCAGCCUCGGCCGCCGUGGCGCGAGACGGCGGUGGCUUGGGCGGCGCCGAACCGGCGGACGCAGCCGGCCAUCGGCCUCGGUACUACAAGAAGUUCGGCGGUACAGUGGCACCGGCUAGUAACGGUGGUGGCGGUGGUCCAUCAAGAGCUUACUACUAUGGUGGUAGCAGGAAAGGUAGUAGCCAUGGCGUUAGGGUUAGCCCGGUGCUCAACGUGCCGUUCAUCGGCACGAGUGUGGCCAACGUGCUGAGCUACUUGCUCUGUGACUGUAGCACCAAGACGAAGAAGAGUAGGGAGUUCUAGAGAGUUAACCGGGUAACACCUAGUGAUGUACAUUUAGGCUUGUAUUUGGAACGGGAACAUUCUCCGGCCCACCGGAAAUCGAACAAGUUCCUACGAAAUUCACACAAAGAGCUUGUGAAUUUAUUCCAAACAUGCUUAUGCAUGCUUGCAUAUGUGGGAAAGAAAACAUGGCUUGCCAAUUGCGAUCGAUUUAGGUUAGGGAGAAUGAUAUGGUUGGACAGGAAAGAUAGCAAUGAUAGAGCUAGCAGUGGUCUUUUUCUUUGAA